AUGGGCGGCGCAUCUUUACCGCAUCACCCUGAUACUGCUGUUCUUCCCAGAAGCACUUCAAAUUCCUGCUCCCGAGCAUGUAUGACGGCCAUCAUCACUCAAGUUUUGGACUCCAUGGUGGCCCACGACCCGUCAACCCUGCCACUGGCAACGGUCUACAAGGCGACUGAGAAUUCGCACCCAGCGGCGCUGAAAAUGAUGACCUCGUGGCGCACUAUCGUCAAUGUUGCACCACCCAGCCUGCUGGCAAUUGAUACCAAGCAGGGUACUGGAUACUUCGCCCUAGAUGUCAGUGAGGGCAACAAUGAAGUCCUAUCGAUUCUUCGCGGGCGCAUCAAGGUGGUCAAUCAAAAGAUUACUGAGCUCGAGCUGUUUAUCAACCGAAGUCGCGGCGACCACGGCUUCUCCUACAAUUCUACUCAGCUUGUGCCAAAUUAUGCCACUUUAAUGUUGCCACCGGCUGAUCGGAAGAAGGAUAGCCGGGCCUCUCUCGAGGCUCUAAGCGAGGCUCUAUUUUCGUCAUCAAAAAACCUAUCAGUUACCAUCAGUGACACAUGCCAGUUCACUGAAUUAGGCUGGAAGGUUGUCGAUACUGGAGUGUACGGAAACGGCACGACCGAGCCCAUUGGCUGUAGUUGGCCUGAUGACCAUCCUACCGAUGACAGCGCACGUGUGAACCUGGUUAUUGACGAGGAACUGGGCUUUAUUGUCACGAGUGGCAUUAUCCCUGGCAAGGUCUACCCCUACAAUGCGAAUGUUUCUGCCUUCAUCCCAAACAGAAUGACUGCUGCACAGGAAGCCCAAGACGUGUGGUUCGCGGAGAUGAAGACUAAAGCAACUCUACCCCUGCUGUCUCCCACGAACGCCACAGGCGAAACUCUCGAAGUGCUCCAGUUCUAUAACGGAAAACUCCAGGCCAUGCAGGUCAAUGUGUAUCUGAGCGGCCCGGAUAUGUCAACUGCUUGGUUGUAG